AUGAGCGCCUCCUAUCCGUCCUGGAAGGACCGCACCCAAAAUCAGCUGGGAAAGCUUCAGAUUCAGGUUCCAUGGCGCUCCUUCCAGCUCCUAGUGCCGCACCGCAUGCGCCGCAAGCUCCGAUCUAAGCUACGGAGUCGCCUGUCACCCACUUCGUCCAUCUCCACCCUGCAGACAUCCUUCUCGCCUGUCGACACCCUCAGAUCCUUACAGUCCCACCGCUGGACAACCUACGAUUUCCAGUACCUGCUGCUGCUGAUCGUGGGAAUCUUCUCACUUACAAUUAUUCAAUCUCCCGGUCCCCUGGGAAAGACGGCGAUUGCCACCGGGCUCCUGUGCUCUCUGCUGAUGCCUGUGACUCGGCAAUUUUUCCUGCCAUUCCUUCCAGUCGCGGGAUGGUUGAUCUUCUUCUACGGAUGCCAAUUCGUCCCAAGCGAUUGGCGACCGGCCAUCUGGGUCCGAGUUCUGCCCGCAAUGGAGAACAUCUUGUACGGCGCCAACAUCAGCAACAUCCUUUCCGCGCACCAAAACGUGGUGCUGGACGUUCUGGCGUGGAUUCCCUACGGAUUGUGCCACUACGGAGCGCCUUUUGUGGUUUCGCUCCUGCUCUUCUUCUUCGGUCCUCCCGGAACCACCCCCCUCUAUGCCAGAACUCUCGGUUACAUUAGCAUGAUGGCCGUCUUCAUCCAGCUUGCUUUCCCUUGCUCGCCACCCUGGUACGAGAACCUGUACGGUCUUGCGCCCGCCGACUACUCCAUGCAGGGCAACCCGGCCGGACUCGCCCGCAUCGACAAGCUGCUCGGUAUCGACCUGUACACCUCUGGAUUCAAGCAGUCUCCCGUCGUCUUUGGCGCUUUCCCAUCGCUCCAUGCGGCCGAUUCCACCUUGGCUGCCUUGUUCAUGAGCCACGUGUUCCCGCGCUUGAAGCCCCUCUGGGUUACUUACACCUUGUGGAUGUGGUGGGCUACCAUGUACCUUUCGCACCACUACGCGGUCGACCUGGUCUGCGGUGGUCUGCUCGCCACGGUGGCCUUCUACUUCGCCAAGACCCGUUUCCUGCCCCGCGUUCAGUCCGACAAGAUGUUCCGUUGGGAUUACGACUACGUCGAACUCGGUGACAACUCGCCUGAUUUCGGAUACGAUCUCGCUAGCCUGGACGGUGACUUCAACCUGGACAGCGAUGAGUGGACGGUGGGCUCCUCCUCGUCUGUUUCAUCGGGAUCUUUGAGCCCCGUGGACGACCACUACACCUGGGAAAGCGAACACCUCACCUCGAACCACGACAUCGAGGCAGGUCGCUAA